GGUGGUGUGAUCAUCUACAAUAACAAACCCCAUUGGAAUCCUCUGAAUCAGACAGAGUUGUUCGUCGCCGAUUGUCUCCUCUGCUCUUCGCAUCUAUUUUUCAAGGAAGAAAAGCAAAAACAAAAGUAUUGCCAAAAAUAUGAGGCCACCUCCAUCUCUGCACUCUAGUUUCUUCUCCUCCCUUAAACAGGUUGAGAAGAGACUCAAGUUGGAAGAACAACAAUCACAUCCACAACCAGAACCAUCCACUCACAGUUUAUCAACACAGUCAUCACUAAGCUCACCUAUAUAUCUCCAAUUGAACCACUCAAACCACAACCAAGACUCUUCUACACUCCAAGAAAGCAGUGAACCUCCUCAACAAUUUCUCUCAUGUUCCCCUGAGUUCCUCCCAACACAUCAAAUCCCAAUCCAGUCUAAUGUUCCAGAGCUCCCCAAACCAGUCACUGAAACCCAAUCUGACCCGGUUUGUGAUAUUGAAGGGUUGAUUCAACUUCUGGGUUUGUCUGAAAAUGGUGAAGAAAGGCAAGAGGAAGCUUCUUCUUGCCAUUGUGAGAAUGGGUUUUACUCAAAAAUUGCUAAAGUGAAGGGGCCAAAAUGUGCCAAGGAAGUGGAGAGGUUGGAGGGUUGGAUUGACUACUUUUUGAAUGGUGGGAACGAUGGGGAGGAAAAGAUUGAGCCUUUCAGGUUGUCACUUUUGCUUUUGGGAAAAGCUGCUUUUGUUUCUCAAGGUGCUGAUGGUGGUUUUGGUGGCUUGGAGUUCCCAUCAACUAUUGAGGAAUUUUUACUCAAUGAUCCUCCUCCAACAACGAUUUGAGCUGGUGCAGAGCAAGGCUAGUUUCAGCAGCUCUUCUAGUAUUUCCUUCUCUUGUUUGGAGACAUUCAAAACCAGCUCUGGGUCUAGAAUUUGAAGCAUCUUAUCUCUUCCAUUUUCAAGCGCUCUCU